AUGAGUGGCCAGUUGAUUGACGGUAAACAAUGUGCCCAGACAAUCCGUUCCGAGAUUGCUCAAGAAGUGGCUCAAUUGAAAUCUCAGAUCCCAAACUUCCAUCCGCACUUAGCCAUCAUUCAAGUCGGAAACAGACCAGAUUCUGCUACGUAUGUCCGUAUGAAGCGUAAGGCUGCCGAAGAAGCUGACAUUAUUGUCAAUUUCGUUCAUUUGGAUGAAAACGUCUCUCAAGCUGACCUUUUGGAAAAAAUUGUUCUAUUGAACGAAGAUCCUGCUACUCACGGUAUCAUCGUCCAAUUACCACUACCACCUCAUAUUAACGAGGAUAAGGUUACGUCCGCCGUGCAUUCUUCCAAGGAUGUUGACGGGUUUGGUCCUAUGAAUAUUGGUGAAUUGAAUAAGAAGAACGGGACCCCGGAUUUCUUACCAUGCACACCAAAGGGUAUCAUCGAGCUAUUGAAACGUUAUAACGUUACCAUCAGUGGUUCUCGUUCUGUGGUGGUAGGUAGAUCCGAUAUCGUUGGGUCUCCAGUGGCUGAAUUAUUGAAAUCUUUGGAUUCCACAGUUACGAUUACUCAUUCCAAGACCCAUAAUAUCGAACAAUAUUUACAAGAUGCCGAUAUUGUCGUGGUUGCCAUUGGUAAACCGGAAUUUGUUAAGGGGGAAUGGUUCAAGGAUAACAAGAAGGGUUGUGUGGUUAUUGAUGUUGGGACCAAUUACGUCGAAGAUCCAAAUAAGAAAUCUGGGUUUAAAUGCGUGGGUGAUGUUGAAUUUAACGAAGCUUUGAAGUAUGUUAGACUUAUUACUCCCGUCCCAGGUGGAGUGGGCCCUAUGACUGUGGCUAUGCUGAUGCAAAACACUUUAAUUGCCGCUAAGCGUCAAUUGGCUCAUCAUGGUAAACUAGUCGAAUUCGAACCAUUAUCAUUGAAUUUAUUAAAACCUGUCCCAUCUGAUUUCGAAAUUUCUAGAGCUCAAAAACCUAAGGAUAUUUCUCAAGUGGCUUUGGAAGCAGGGAUCUUGCCGUCUGAGUUGGAACCAUAUGGUUCCACAAAAGCUAAAGUCAGCUUAAAAAUUUUAGAUCGUCUUCAACAUAAGGAGAAUGGUAAAUAUGUCGUUGUUACUGGUAUUACUCCAACCCCAUUAGGUGAAGGUAAAUCAACCACUACUGUUGGGCUGGCUCAAGCUCUUGGUGCUCAUUUAAACAAAACCGUCUUUGCAAAUGUUCGUCAACCAUCUCAAGGUCCUACUUUUGGUAUUAAAGGUGGUGCUGCAGGUGGUGGUUAUUCUCAAGUGAUUCCAAUGGAUGAAUUUAAUUUACAUGUCACCGGUGACAUUCAUGCCAUUUCAAUUGCUAAUAACUUGCUAGCAGCUGCUAUUGAUACAAGAAUGUUCCAUGAAUCGACUCAAAAGGAUGGUCCAUUAUAUAAGAGAUUAGUUCCAGCAAAGAAGGGUGAAAGGAAAUUUACCCAAUCUAUGCUAAGAAGAUUGAAAAAACUAGGUAUCGAUAAGACCAAUCCAGAUGAUUUAACUCCAGAAGAAAUUACCAGAUUUGCUCGUCUUGAUAUUGAUCCUGAUACCAUUACAUGGAGACGUGUGGUGGACUGUAAUGACAGAUUCCUAAGAGGUAUUACAGUGGGUGAAGCUCCAACUGAACGUGGUUUCACUAGAAAGACCGGGUUUGAUAUAUCCGUGGCCUCUGAAUGUAUGGCUAUCUUAGCCUUGACUAACUCAUUGUCUGAUAUGAGAGAAAGAUUGGGUGAAAUUGUUAUUGGUGCAUCCAAGGCCGGUGAACCAAUCACCUGUGAAGACAUUGGUUGUGCUGGUGCAAUGACUGCCUUGUUAAAGGAUGCCAUUAAGCCAAAUAUUAUGCAAACUUUGGAAGGUACUCCAGUUUUCGUUCAUGCUGGACCAUUUGCUAACAUUUCCAUUGGGGCCUCGUCCGUUCUAGCUGACAAAAUGGCUUUGAAAUUAGCUGGGGUGGAUGCUGAGUUGCCACAAGCGGAAAAGAAUGAAAGAUCUGGGUACGUGAUCACUGAAGCCGGUUUCGACUUCACUAUGGGUGGUGAGAGAUUCUUAAACAUCAAAUGUCGUUCCUCCGGAUUAGUCCCAGACGUUGUUGUCAUCGUUGCUACUGUGAGAGCUUUGAAAGUACAUGGUGGUGGGCCAGAAGUUAAAGCUGGUGCAGCAUUGCCAAAGGAAUACACCACGGAAAAUGUUGAUAUGUUAAGAAAGGGGUGUGCCAAUUUGGCCAAACAUAUUGCUAAUGCUAAGCAAUAUAACUUGCCUGUUGUAGUUGCCAUCAACAAGAUGUCUUCUGACACUGCAUUGGAACAUGAAGUGAUUAGAGAAGAAUCAUUGAAGGCUGGUGCCUAUGAUGCUAUUGUUUCUAACCAUUGGGAAGAGGGUGGUGCCGGUGCCGUUGACUUGGCCAAUGGUAUUAUUAAGGCUACCCAAGAAACCACCAACGAUGAUUUCCAAUUCUUAUACGAUACCAAGGGUUUAUCUGUGGAACAAAAGAUUGAAAAGAUUGCAGAAAUCAUGUAUGGUGCCAAAGACGUGGAGUUCUUGCCAGAAGCACAAAAGAAGAUUGAAUUGUACACCAAACAAGGUUUCGGUGAUUUGCCCAUUUGUAUUGCAAAGACACAAUAUUCUUUGUCACAUGAUGCUGCAUUGAAAGGUGUCCCCACAGGAUUUACUUUCCCAAUAAGAGAUGUUAGAGCAUCCAUUGGUGCAGGCUACUUAUAUGCCCUUGCCGCUGAGAUCCAAACCAUCCCAGGGUUACCCACUCACUGUGGGUUCAUGAACAUUGAAGUAAAUGACGACGGAGAGAUCGAAGGUAUGUUUUAG